AUGAAAUCUUCAAUGAAUCACCCAGGAGAUCACUCCUUUCGUAGGAAGCUUGAGGAAUCGGCGCUUUUCGUCCUCAAUGUCGCCAGAUCACCUCAGCUUUAUCUUGACCUCUACCUUGAUCGUGCUCGCGCAUCUUUCUUCUCCGUCAUUUUCAUAUCCCUCAUACUGUCCAAAUGCUUCCAUCUCUGUGUCCAUCUCACCUCCCUAGAGGUCCCCUCCCUCUUCCCAUGGGGACCCACCUUCUUCCUGGUGGAUCUUCUGUUUAUUCUGGUGGCGUGCGCCCUAACACGUUCGUUUGAAUCGCGGAUAUUGCGGAACGUAACCGCUGUUGUAACUCUUGUAUUCGGUCUAUAUAUCUCGACGAUGACCUCCGCCAACAUCUCCUUUUAUGUCCAUACAGGCGCGGAGAUUCCCUGGCAGAAACCGGACAGCUCUCAGGACACCCCCAGCCCCGCUGGCCAGACCGUUCUGUCCGCGUUGACAGUCGCUAUCCUCGUUGAUGCAUUGAUUAUGAUCGCUUCGUACUUCGCCACACCGUAUAUAUUUGAAGCUACCGAAACUUUCCUGGUGAUUUGGGUUUCGCUUUUGUUCUCCCCUAUCCGCCGAUAUCUUCGGCGCAAGUCCCCGGUGAGGGCAGAUCCAGAGACCUAUCAGCAGAUUGAAAUCGAGGACUAUGAUGAGGCUCAGAAUGACAGCGACUCCGUAUCGCAAUUGGAUAUGCCACAAGCUCCACCCGAGCAGAAGAAGAGUCGGUCGAUGCUGAAGCGCGUUAUUGUCAUAUCAUGUGGCUUAAUUCUAGUUUUGCUCAGUCUCGUUCGUCCACGGAAUGCGGAUUACACUUAUCUCUCUAACUCCCUUUCUCUCGCGCCGUUCGGCGGACAAGAAUAUCGGCCCGCUCAUGAACGUCCCACACCGACGAAUGAAAGUGCCGCUCCUGAAACUGCUCCUGAAAGCACCCCAGAAAAUGCCACACCAAGUGCCCCAGAAAGCGCCCCAGAAAGUGCUCCGUCAAGCUUCCCACCGAGUGCCACGUCCAGUGCCCCUAGUGAAGUUGCCACUUCAUUGCCGGCUGAUUUCAGCUGGCUAGAAGACAAGACCGCUCUAGGCGAGUUUCCCACAUUUGACUGGUUACCUGCGUACAAUUCGUCGGAGGGCUCUCCAGAUUGGUCUCCCUUCCAUAUGAAUAGGUACAACAGGCCUGAAUAUGUGUAUGAACACUACGACCCACUGAAAGAUCCUUUGCACACCCCAAAUCUCCAGAACGACAUUUUGGAGCCUAUUCGUGAAGCUCUCCACGACGGAAGUGUGAAAAUUAAGCAUAUCUUUCUCAUCAAGUUAGAGAGCACUCGGCAGGAUGUGUGGCCCUUCCGCAAUUCCUCUUACAUCAUGAAGCACAUCCAUGACACUUACCCGAAAGGCAUCCCCGCGGAUGUCCAGGAUAGGCUCACUAAGCUCACCCCUACUGCCGAGCGUUUAACCGGAUUUGGGACCGGGUUCAGUGAGAACAAGCCGAAGCCAUACGGUGGACUGAGUGCGAGCAACGCUUACACGUCCGGGACCUACACCCUGAAGAGUAUUACAGCCACUGUGUGCGGUGUGAAUCCCAUGGCUGUUGAGGCCAACCUAGAGUACCUGCACGAUAUUUAUCAGCCUUGCUUGCCGCAUAUAUUCGAGGCAAUAAACAACCAGCCAAACACCACUAGUGAGACAGAAGACAAUGACUGGACUUCCUGGCCGUGGCACACUAUGUGGAUGCAGUCACACUCGGACGCCUGGGAUAAUCACUUUUUGCUUCAUCCUGUGCUGGGAUACAAAGAUAUUAUGGCAAAGAGAACAAUCGAUGCAGAUGGUGCUAUAUAUAUCCCGGAAGAGACAACAGAGGAGGAGGAACAUGGUCAUGAGGAUAAACUACUGAAAAGUUAUCUACGGGAUGUGAUUAAUGAUGCGCAGAAGAACAACACUCGCCUCUUCCUUAGCCAUCUAACACAUAAUACGCACACUCCUUAUUAUAUGCCUGGUGAAUAUAAGGAGAUGCUGGGGGAUGUGUCGAAUGAGCGGAACGAAAGGUUGAACCGGUAUCUGAACACCGUACACUACCAGGAUCAGUGGAUUGCCGAGGUGUUGGAACUUCUUGAGAACACCGGUAUUGCCGAUGAGACCCUCCUCGUGAUGAUGGGUGACCACGGUUUAUCACUUCCAAAUGACGGCGGCAUCACAGCCUGGCACUCCCCUCACGUCGGUAAUUUCCACGUACCAUUAUUCUUCUCUCAUCCCAAACUCCCCCAAAUCGAAGUCAGCAAUGCCGUCCUCACCACCCAAGUCCUCCCCACAAUCCUCGACCUCCUCAUCGAAACCUCCUCCAUCGACGAACAAGGAGCAAAGAUCAUCUCCGAUCUCCUCCCGAUGUACGAAGGCCAGUCAAUGCUCCGCGAACUAAUCCAGGAGCACGAAGGCAGGAAAGAAUGGCAUUUCUCCACAAUGAACCCCGGCGGAACAUGGUUCACCAUGCGCUCAGCAGCCCAGCCGUACCGGUUAGUCGUUCCUCUCAGAGCCGACGGCAAAUGGCGAUUCACGGAUGUCGUCGCCGAUCCAUUCGAGCUCGAGCCUGUGGACGAUCACCAAAUCCUCUUCCUGGCCGAUGUCGUGCUGAAGAAGCAUGGACCUGAGGCUGUGAAGUGGCUUAACGAGGCGUCUCAUGUCGCUAAGUGGUGGGUUAAGGAGAAUCAUCGUCGCUGGCACUUCAAUCCUAAUAACCCGAAGAACGAUCCUUGA